AUGGGAACAUCAAAACCAUCAGCAGCAAUUAAAAAAAUUUCCACGAAUCUCUUGAUACUUGUCUUAUUACUGGCACCUUCGUGUCGGGGCCAACAGAAAGUACCAUCGGCGCCUCGAAAUUUCAAUGCAGAACUGACCAGUGCCACUUCGGUUAAACUGACAUGGGAUGCUCCAGCAUCUGCCAAUGGAGCCCUCCUCGGAUACUACAUCUACCUGGAUCGAAUAGUUAAUGGAGAACCAGUAGUGGAGAAGAACAGUAAGAAGAGGAUUGUGAUGAUUCGAGACUCAUCAAAACGAUAUUACGAGUUGGAUAGUCUCGAUCCGAAUACGGAAUAUUCGUUUAGAUUGAAUGCAUUCAAUAGAAACGGAGACGGAGAGUUCUCGGAACGGAAGAAUGUUGUCACACAGGGAAUUCCUCCGGAAGCACCAGAAAUCGUAUCAGUUUCGUUGGAUCGAGAUGAGCCGCCAGUUGUUUCGAGGAUCGAAUGGAAAAUGCCAAAAAUGAAACCGAACGAGACGCCAAUCGAAAAGUACAAUUUGUGGCUACGUCCGCAAGGAUAUCCGGACUCGUAUAUCAAGUCAAAGACAGUAGACGGAACCGAUUUGUCAACAACUAUUUCCGGUCUUUGGAUGGGAGUCGUUUACGAUGUUCUUCUUGGUGCUGAAAAUCGUGAAGGCCGUUCUCAAAAUGCGACUGAGACCAUCGCAACACCAGUUGGAAGUCCCGAUGGAGAGCCGAUUGGAGUGCAGUACGAAGUGAUGAAAGGAAAGAUUGUCGUCUCAUGGAGACCUCCACCAGAAGAGAAACGAAAUGGAAACAUCACAAGCUACAAAGCGAUUCUUUCUGCAAUGGACGAGAGCACAGAUCGAUUUGAGAAAAUGGUACCUGCUCCAUCCACUUCUUCCACAUUCGAGGUCAACGUACGUCGUGCGUAUCUCUUCAAAGUCGCCGCGGCCACGAUGAAAGGAAUCGGUCCGUACUCGCCUGUGCUCACUAUAAAUCCAGAUCCAGCCGAACAAAGUAAUAUGAUAGUAGGCGUCUCGACCCGAUCGGAAAUUGAAAUAUCUCCGAAAGAGUUUACUGGACUUGCGGACGUCCAACACAUACCAGUACCUCCAGAGCGAGAGCGCAAUAAUAAUAAUGAGUCGUGA